GGCGCCGGGACCGUCAUUCGUCCUGUCUCUCGACACCCAUUCAGACUGCGUUCACGAUCCUGGCGCCGCUUCUUCCAAAUUCUUGGUAUUCUUGGUAUAUACCCAGGUGUAUCUCUGCCUGUUGCCCAUUUUUCGUCUUCGAAGCCUUCUAUCCUGCGCGGUGCGUUACCCACAAUGACACGCACUGAAACCGCUUCUCCGCCGCCAUGAAACCCGAUGUUCCUCCAUCCUACGAAAGCGCAGUCAGUCGCGAGGCAUGGACCAUUAUUGCGCCCUGGAUCUCCUCCAGCGAUCUGUGCUCAGCAUGCCUGGUGUCGCGGAAGUGGUACUCUAUCUUCGUGCCAUUCCUUUGGGGCGAUCCUGCUUCCCACUUUGGCAUUGAGAACGACGCCGUCUACGUCGCCCUCACCCGUUUCAAGCGAACCUUGCGCAAAGCCAGACUAAGUGUGAGAAGUCUCACUCAUACGCUACAUCUUCCGCCUGCUCUUAGCGAGAUCUAUGGCGGUCCAAAUCCUACCUGGUUGCGCGACGUCCUCGAAUUCCUUCCCAACCUCCAAAGUCUCGUUGUCACGAAGCUGCCGUUCUUUGAUCAUCACAGCCUGAAUGCCCUGAGAAACUCAAGCGCCGGCAGAAGAUUAUCGACUGAAGAAGCAGACAUAUUCCCUACAUACGGACUGAAAUUACUGCUGGCCUGCAGUGAGCCAAACACGACGUCUUCCUCACUUGCGAAUGCGCUCCCGAGAUUUCCGAGUUUGGUUUACCUUGACCUGUCCUACACAUCGCCCGCACGAGACGCUGCGGUUCUAAUAGCGCUGUCAUAUCUGCCAGAUCUUCAGGUUCUGAAGUUGCGGGGGGUUGGUCUUAAAGAUGGAGAGGCCGAGGUCCUGGCCAAUGCGAUUGGGAUUCGCGUCCGUUUGCUCGACCUCCGAGACAACCUUUUGACCGACAUGGCCGUGCGAUCAUUGAUGCAAGCAUGCUUUCUCCCUGCGGAUGCUGCACAAUCAAGACAUCUCAACGUAGAAGAUUGGCCGGUCGGCAUGGCACCUGGGCCAGACUUCUUCAGUCUAGAUACGCUCCGGAGCGAAGAACUCGACCACGAGUUGCUCAAACAACUUACCAGGCCCCUCACCGGAAGACUGGCUUUUGAGGACAUUCCUCAUCGGGGCCUGACCCAUCUCUACAUUUCAGGCAAUCGGCUAUCUGUCGAAGGCCUAUCCAGCCUCCUGAAGUCGGAACGCCUCCACAUUCUCGAUGGAGGUUCAGUCGACGCGGUCAAGACCAUUGCCAGGACCCAGUCGCUUUCUUCCCCAACAGGCUAUAUUGAUGAAGUCCGCUUCCCAGGUGCUGAGAAGCUUAUCCCGGUGCUGGCAAGGUCCGCCAGCAAGAAUCUGACUUAUCUUCGCGUUGACCAUACGUUGGUCACGGCCAAGUUCGACCCGGGCGCGGCGGUGGUUAAGCCAAAGGCAUCUUCGGUCGAACUUGCAGGGUCUGAGCCGCUUGCUGCAGAGCUCCCUGCUCAAGAGAGGCAAAUAAUAGAGGCUCCGGCUCCUGCCCAUUACGCGGUAGAGAUGCCGGUCCCCGAUCAAAUUUUCGAACUAGAUGCCACCCCGGCACCACCACGAGCGGAACUGAUCGGCGAUGUAAUAUAUUUUGCCCUCAGCCCUCCAAUUGGGGAGAAGCCAGAGGUAUCCAGCCCUGUCAUCGAAAAUCACAGUCCGAUCAGAGGCGAAGGUCCUUUUGCUCCAGAGGUAGUCAAUGGUGCCGCGAACGAUCAGGAGAACGAAGAUCGUGCUACGGUCGCUGACUCGGAGGUUUCUGACGAGACAGGGACGCACAGUACCACGAGAUCGAUUCUCUCUCCAGUGUCUCCCAUGACGCCUCACCCGAAUAACAUGACCUUUCAACCAUUGGUAGCGCCAGCUACACCAAAGACUAAGCCUGCGCCAACGUCCGCUCCAGUCAAGGCAGAGAGCCCGACCCCAGCGCCCACAGCGGCGCCGAUGCCACAACCGAAUGCAUCUCUCUCAAUAACUCCAGCAGCACUGCACCACCGGCAGGCUCGGAUAGAAGCACUGCUAGCCAAGAGACCUCCAGGAUUGUCUUUUAAGAUGGCCCACUCGGGUUCAGAUGUCCCUAAGGUGACGGUGCAAAACCUGACCAGUCUUCAUCCCGCAGUGCUUCCCAACCUGAGAACCUUGAUCCUCACCGAUGUGCCUAUCACAGUGCCGAAAUCUUCCCCUGUGAUCCCUGCACUCAAGGCCUUCGUUUCCGCUUGCGCCGAUGAAGCCGCACUUGCUCGCCUCCUCGCGAGGACGGACUAUUCUCUCCCACCCGGUCGGGCGCGCCAUAUCGCCGAAUUGGAACAUGCACGGUCGCUCUUUGCUCUUCGCACAAUCAUUCUCGAGAUGGAGGAUCCCACGAAUCAGAAUGCGAACGAGCAGCGCAGAUGGCAGCAUUCUCGUCAGCGCAUCAGCAUGAGCAAAUCCUCGACAGGUGAUCGUGAUAGCGAGAAUCUUUGGUCCGCCGCUGAGAACGACUUCAGCUUCUUCGGAGAAGAAGGCGAAGAGCAGGCCGAGUGUGGGAUUUAUCAGCAUGAUCCAGAGAAGUAUUUCCCAACUGCGCAUUUUGAUGAUAAGAUUUUGCUGGGCCCCGAGGAUAAUCCAACAGACAGUGGUUCGAGCAGCCCGCACGGAAGCCUCCACGGGUAUGGUACACUGUCUCCAUUCAUGAUGAACUACGGCGGUUCCACUGGGACACUAAGAAGCCCGAGGAAUUUGCCAUUGGGUCGGAAUCGGAGAAGCUCGAAUGAGUCUCAGCGGAAUGGGACCGUACGGAGUUUCUUGACCGAGAUGCAAGGCGCACCAGUGUCGCCUAUGUUUAUGAACGGCCGGUUGCGCCCACAGUCAAGAGAUUCGAUGCUUCCCCCGACUUCCAACCCCGUCCAGCAGGAGGAGGAGGAACCGAAAGUCGAUGUUAUUGCGGAAGUCGCUGCGUGGCGAAAGGAGCGAAAGAAGGCAUACGAAGAUGAAUUGGCGCGGUAUCGCAUGAGUCGUGGAGGCGGUGGCGCAGGAAGAUCGAAUAGCCUGACCAACCAAAGCAAUGGACGCUCGUCAUCGGCACCGAGAGGGUACGGGUAUGGCUUUGACCAUGGUGCCGGACCAGGCUCGCUCGCUUAUGCACACGCCCAUGUGAAUGGAAAUGCGCCAGCAAACCAAGGGAAUCAAACUCCUUCCGGCAACUCAAUUCAUGGUGAGAUUAACGACCUCGACAUGAAGUUCAUCGAAGGACACUGGAAGGGAGAGAUCAAGGUGAUCAGAAAUGCGACGCCCAAAGGCCGAACAGGGGUGGUGGACAUGUAUGGAAACUAUUUCGAGAAGGGAUAUCUGUACCCCUGAGGAUGAUGAUGAUGACAAUGAACAGCAGCGGGGAAGCGUUCUCGUCCAAUUGCACUGUUUGAUGGGUAGGACAAUGAACUUCUACGAGCGUGGGCGUUUAGGUGUCUACAGGGCCUUUGUCUGCAACCCGAUGUCUGUGUACGAUAUAUGUGUAUGUCACUUGAUGCCAUUUAUUGGGGUUAUCUUCCCCGACGUCUGAACGAUAGACUUGACCUUCAAGUCCUUACGAGAAGUACUAGACUGCCCAGAAAGUGGUUUGAAGCAUUCAGAAAGAAACGAAUGAUAUUUUCAUCAGCG